AUGCAGGCUCUUUUACUCCAGGCUGUCCUACUGCUCAUGGUCACUCUGGCCAUCACCAAGCAUCCAAAUGACGUGUACUCUCUGAGAUAUUUAUACAUCCUCCUGGAAUGGCCCGGCCUUCUGGAGCGACAGUUCAUCUAUCUUGGCUAUGUGGGAAAUACACAGUUCAUAGGAUUCAACAGCAGAUCAGAGAGUCGGAGGGCAGAGCACAGAGCACCAUGGAAAGAUGAGCAGGAUCCAGAGUAUUGGGAAGAGAAAACAAAGAGUCUCUUGAAAGAAAAAAAGCACUGGGAAGAAAUAAUGAAGAAAGCAUUUCAUGAUGACCAUAAUACCACGACAGGUCAUCACACAAUCCAGCUGAAGUAUGGCUGUGAUGUGCUACCUGACGGUUAUUUCAGUCAUGGAGUCCUAGAAUUAACAUUGGAUAACCAGGAGUACAUCAUGCUGAGUGGGGAUCUGGAGACCUGGAUAGUGAUUGGCAAGAAAGUGGAGGUGAUCAGGCAGGAAUGGGAAGCCACUUAUUAUGGACCAAUUGCGAAGAAUUACCUGGAGAACAGAUGUGUUGAGGAAUUCCUUGAAGCGUUUGGCUAUGGAAUAGAUUAUUUGCUGAGAACAGACCCCCCCAGAGUACAUGUGAUCCAUAAGGUCAGACCUGACCAAAAAAUCACCCUGAGGUGCUGGGCCCUGAACUUCUACCCUGCUGAAAUCACCCUGACCUGGCAGAGAGAUGGGAGGAACCAGACCCAGGACUUGGAAGUGGUAGAGACAAGGCCUGCAGGGGAUGGAACCUUCCAGAAGUGGGCAGCUGUGGUUGUAUCCUCUGGGGAAGAGUACAGAUACACAUGUCAUGUGAACCACGAUGGGCUGCCAGAGCCCAUCACCCUCAGAUGCGGGAUUCCUCCAUCCACUUUUCCCAUCAUGGCUACUGCUAUUGCUGUGGUUCUUGGAGCUCUGCUCUUGGGGUCAAUGGUGACUUUUCUGAUAUGGAAGAGGAGGACUAGAGGUAAAGAAGGGGUAGAGUCUUAG